AUGUUAAAAAACAGGCAAGAAAGGGAAAUUGAAAAUGCAAAUAGAUAGCUGCUUUAAUAUGAGAAUUAGUUGAAAGACAUAGAAAUAAAAGUUAGUGAAUUGGAAUCAAAAAACUAAUAGUACACAACUGAACUAGCUUCUAUCAAUAAGUCAGUUUUAGAAAAAGAAAAAGAAGUUGAAGAGAUGUCAUAAAAGAUCAGAGAUAUUAGAUUAGAACAUGGAAGCUCAGAUGCAAAAUAAAUAUAACUUUUAGAGAAAAAGGUUAGAGAAAUGCUUUAACAGUUUUUCUAAAACUGCAAAAAGCAUGCUAUUCGCUAAUAGGAUAAAAACAAUUUUAUUAGUAAAGAGUCACAAAAAGCCAAACCUAAUAAAAAUUAAAAUUAAUUGGAAGAUGGAUAAGAUAACUCAAACAUUGAUUUACAAAACUUAUCAUCAGAUAGAAAAUUUUUAGGUUAAAAUAAUAAUAAUGAUAAUAAUAAGCAAUAGAAUAAACAAGAUUCCAAGGUAUCAAGAGCUAUACCUUAGGGUAAUCAAUCAUUUCACUUUGUAAUUAAAGUUAGAAACGGAUAGUAAGUAAAUGAUGUUCCUAUUGACCUUGACCAAAUUCAAAAAGUUUCUAAUCUUAGAGACUAUCUUUCAAAGACAUACAGCAUCCAAAAAGAGUUUCUUUUUUUAUAUGACGAAAGUGGCAACAUGCUACUAGAUGAAAUGGAAUUAUAGCAUUCAUUAUUUCCUAAUGUUUUUAAAACCAUUAAAAACUACACUCCUUAACUCACUAUUGAAGUUAGACGCCAUAAGAGCUCUAAGAAAGACAAUUAAAAUAACCCUUUAGAAACUCUAAUGACUAACAAUGAUGAAUAGAAUUAUGACGACACAAUUAAAAAUGGUAAUAUGAGAAAAUCUAGAAAGAAAAUAAGUAAUUGGAGCACCUUUUUACAGAGACUUCCAAAGAUUUUAAAACAAUUGCAGCACUUACUAGAAAACUUAGCUAUUUUAGCAUUAAUUGUUUUGUUUAUUCUCAACAGAUAUAUUUCAAACGAUGUUAUCAAUAAGUUUAACAUCAAUAAUUAAGUUAAUAAAGCCUUAAAAGCAAUCUUUACAAAUAACGACAAUCCUUUCUCUUAAUUUGAUACUCCUGUUUUUAUGGCUUUAGUUUAGUUUGGUUAACUCAAUUAAAGAACAGGUUUUACUCCGUUUUUGACAAGUGUUAUUUAUUAAACGAGAUUUAAAGCGAAAAGUGAUUGUGACAUUCCAAAGAAUCAUUAUUAAUUAUUUUCAUUUGGAACAAGCUAAUAUUGUGUAGAUAUUAAUUCAUAUGAUUAAUCUUCUUAUGGAGAUAAAAUUUAACCUUAUUUUCAAUAUUCGUCUAUACCUGGUACAGAUAUAUCUGGUUUUAUAAUAUAUUCAAAUUAGAUAAAAAAAAAUUGGGAAAUAGAUAGUUAUCUUACAUUUUUAACUACUUAGUGGUUUGACUUUCAAACAUAUAAAGUAACAGUUAUCUAAAAUUAUUUUAAUUCUCCUACUGGAAUGGCUGUCUAAUUGAAGAUGACAUCAACAAAUAUUGUCACAGAUAGGAAAAUUGCUAAUUUGGAAUACUCAAUUAACUCUUUUACAGUUUAACCUGAAAGUUAAAGCGAGAAGAUUACCUCUAAUUUUAUUACAGGAAUAGCUUCAUUCUUGUUACUUUUUGCUUUAAUUGAAUACAUUGGUAUUUAUGGAUAAAAGACAGCUAAUAUUACUGUCCAGCUUUACAAACAGCGCAAGGAAGAGUAUGAAAGAAAAAAACUAUAAGAAGAAAUCGACCAAAAAGAGUUUGAAAAGAAUUUUGGAGCUUAAGCAGCUUAACAAAAUAAAAAGAAAUCAGAUAACUCUUCAAGCAAGCUUUAAGAUCAUCAAUAUUAAAUAAUAGAUUUUAGUUGGAUUUAUAUACUCAUAAAAAGACCAGAAUUUUUCGAUGUCAUCAAUAUUAUAUCUUUGAUAUUACUUUUGGUGCAAUCAGGUAUUUACAGUAGUUUUAGAAGUAAAAGAGAAGGAAUAAUCAAACCAGAUAAUGAAGACUAUGUUGAUUUUGACACUUAUAUUUAAGAUGAAUAUAUCAUUAUUAUGCUCACUGCAGUUAACACUUUACUUCUCAUGCUUUCGUUUACUAAAUAUCUUGCUUCUUGGAGUUUUACACUCAAGAUAUACUCAUAAAUUAUGACUUCUUUUGUGAAAAGAUCUUGGGCUAUAUUAUUUGUGGUUAUAAUUAUGUUGUUAAUUAUAUCUUUCAGUUGGAUGACAUUUAUAUCUUCCUCUAUUUAAUAUCAUGAUAGUUUUAUAUAUUCAAUGUUCCUUCAGGUUAAGGCUACUUUCUUUUCUAGUUUCAUACAAGAACUUAGAAUUAGACUACAGACUCAACCAGAAAUGCCUCCUUUAGUCAAAGAUGCAGUUUUUAGUCCAUUUACUUUGAUAGCAAUGCUGAUUCUCCAGUUUGUAAUUCACUUUUGCAUAUUCUCAUUCUUAGCCUCUCUCAUGGCUAAUAGUAUUCAUAUUACAAAGGAACGCAUGGAAAAAAUUAGUAAGGAAAUACAAGAUUUUGAGAAACGCAAGGUUGUUGGUUAGACUAUUUUCUUUAGAAAGAGUAUUAAGAAUUUCUCAAAGCAUGAAAACCAAGCAAUAAACUGA